GCAAAAAAAAAAAAAAAAAAAAAUAGCUGAUGAAUUGAAUACUCCUACAUCAAAAAGGAAUUUAACCCAUCAAUUCACAAAGAUUUUUUGAGCUGUGAAAAAAGUGUUAGAAUUUUAGAUUCAUUAGAAGAGUGUUUUUUCAAUGAAAAGUUGAAAAGGGGUGUUGAUAUUUCAUAGAAAAAUCAUUUGGGGUAGUGAUAUUUUUUCUUUCUUUUUUCAUAAUUCUUGAAAAUUGGGUUUCAUUAGUACAUGUGUUUAUUAAAGGUGGCGAAUCCAGGAGAUUCCGGUGAGUAUGAAAGAGUUCCAUCAACGGCAGGCGAUGAUUCGGGAACAACCACAGCAACUACAACCAUUGAAGGAACUCCACAAACAUAUGAGCAAUCACAAUCAUUUGAAGCAAUGUUACAGCAACAAAUACAACAAGAAACAGAUUAUCUUAUGUCUGGUUCGGCAACUCCUAUGUUUGCAGGGUAUAGUCAGACAAGGGACAUGUCUGCAAUGGUAACGGCGUUAACGCAUGUUGUGUCGGGAAGGAGUUACAGGCCUGAAAUUAGCGGUGUUACGACGUCGUUUGGUGGUGCUGGUUCGCCAUCUUCUUCAAGUUCAGGGUCAUGGGCUGGACAGAAAAGAAGACGUGAACAAGAAGAAAGUGUUGCUACUGAGCAAGUUCAAAGGGUUUAUAGAGGUUUUGGAGAAUCAUCUUCCUCUGUUAAACCUGAAGAAGCUACAAGCAUGGCAGCACCACCACCACCCACCACCACCGCAACCACCGCGGCGCAAACAGCAGAUGUAGCAGCUGAAGAAACAGGGGAGAGGAAGAGAAGAUACAGAGGAGUAAGACAGAGGCCAUGGGGAAAAUGGGCAGCAGAAAUAAGAGAUCCACACAAAGCAGCUAGAGUUUGGUUAGGAACAUUCGAUACUGCUGAAGCAGCCGCUAGAGCUUACGAUGAAGCUGCUCUUAGAUUCAGGGGUAACAGAGCAAAACUCAAUUUCCCCGAAAACGUGCGAUUAGUACAACAACAACAACACCCUCAGCCUCAGCCUCAACCUCAACCUCAGCCUCAGCCUCAGCGCGCAACAAGAUUAGCUAUUUCCGGCUCCUCAUCAUCAACACCGGCUGCUUCACAAUUCCCAUUAGCUACACCAUUUUUUCAAUCUUAUUAUAAUCAACCUCUACAGCAACAAACUUUUCAGAGUUCAGACAUCGCUAGAGAUUAUUGGGAAUACUCACAAUUACUACAAAAUCCAGUAGAUUUUCAUGGACAACAGCAAUCAUCUUUGUUAGAGCACAUGUUGUCUGCUUCAUCAUCAAUGGCUUUCUUGCACUCGAACACAUUUCCUUCUUCUUUAUCUUCCUCAUUAGCAACCUCAGCAGGUUCUUCUACUUCUUCCCCUGCAUAUCCCCUGUUUUACUCUGCUCAACCAUCACAACGUUUCUUUCAACCACAAACUCAUCAGAAUCAAGGUGGUAGUAGCAGUAGCAGCUCCAAUUUUCCUCCAUUUUGGACUAGUUCCGGCCAGUACCCACCUUCUUCUAGCUAAUUUUCAUACUUCUUUUUUCGGAGCCGUCAGCCAGAAUUCUUUUUAUUUUAUUUUAGUUUUACAUACUUUUUUUUUUUUUUUGGGGGGGGGGGGGGGGGGGAUUGGGAUUUUGGUUUUUGAUUUUCUUGUGUUUUGUAAUUCGAAUGUAGGAGAGAAUCGGACAAAGGCAGUCACUAUUUUACAGGCAUUUUUAUUUUUGUCCUUAUCGGAAAGGAUAGAUGGUUUAUACUACGUAUAGUCCAAGAAGAACAGUACAAGAAAUCUAGGUUUCAUAUGGCAUAGUUUGAUACCCCCGCGGAUUUGAAUGUUCUUGUCAUUUUGAUGAUUUACCAAAGAAGCUUUUAGAAACCAUCUAAAUUGUGUUGUUGUCUAUUCUCUUUUUAUUUUUGCGGCUUUGCAAGCUACCAUCAAAUUCAAUUAUUACUGUACAAUUUUAAUGGUGUUGA